GAGGGCUCCACCUCAGACUCUUCAGCGGCACUAAGGACGGCGAGCCGCAAGCGGCUUCGACAGUGUUCAGAACAUGAAGCGUCAAAAUGUCGAUUACCUGCUUCACGUGGGACCUGACGAGGACGAGGAAAACUGGAGUGAUGCGAGGGCACCCAUGGUCUUGCCGGCUGGAGAGGGGAGAAAUGAGGAAGCGAGUGGACAAGGCCAGCCUGGGCGGGAAGCCGCAGCAGCGGAAGGGGAAGGAGCAGGAGAAUUAAGUGGAGAAGGCCCCUCGGCUGCUGAUGCUGCAGGCCUCGAGGAUGGCGGGAACCAAGAGGGCGCCAGUGGCGGCGCCCGGGAGAAUGAGCAGCGACCCCAGGAUCUGGUUCACGAGGGCAUGGGAGACAACGAGGGUGUGCCGCCCGUGCCAAUGCAGUGGUCCUGUGUUCAUCCCGUGAGAAUGCUGGUUCCUGGAUACCGCCCCCGUCACCACCACAGAUUCACCCUGGUGCAGCUCCAAGAGCUAGAGAGCAUUUUCCAGCGCACUCAAUACAUCAGCUCCGCAGAAGCAGCACGUCUGGCAGCAUGCAUGGGUGUGUCUGAAGCCAGAGUGCAGAGAUGGUUUUUUAAGAGGAGAGAACAAUACAGGAGAUAUAAGAGGCUAUAAGCAAUCAGAAGUUCUCCUCCUGCUUCCCAGAACAUCUUUCUCUGGAGAUUGUGGAGGAGCCUUAGAGAGCCACACUUGCUCAGGAGCCAGAUUCACAUGAGAUUUGGCUGCCGCCAAAACCCUGUUAC